GUGCUCGCGCGUGGGCGCCGUGCUGCUGGAGGAGGCGAGGGCGGGGGGCCCCGCGCUGGAGUCGCUGCUGCCCGCGCUCGCGCUCCACGCCUCGCUCUGCGCGCGGCUGCUCCCCGAGCGCUGGGCGCCGUCGGGAGCCGCGGCAGCGCCGUGGGGCGAGCUCGGCCGCCUCGUGGGGCAGCCCGCGGAGGAGCUGGGCGGGCAGGGGCAGGACGCGCCCCUGCG